UAACAUUCACAGAUAAAAUCGAUUGUCUACACUAACCUAAAAAGCAUUUUGUUUCGACCAAGAAAACUAGGAUGUAACUUGUAAAUCAAACUUAUUGUCCAAAAUUUUUAUCGACUACAACGGACAUGUGAAAUGAUCGUUUUGGUUCUUAAAAAACCAAGAAAACUUUAGGGAUAAACUAAAUACUCCAAUAUGGCUACUAAUAACAUAGGAAUUGACUGGCUAGGGACUAUGGGUAGCCUUGGUGUUGGGGUUGAUUUUGAUAACUCUUCUGAACACCCAGGAACUUCCAACAUGAAUCAAUAUGAACAAAUGGACCGAACGAAUGCAACUUUAAAGAGAAAUCCAAAAAUGGAAUUAUCCAAGAAUGAUCUCAUCAAAUUGGUUACUUUUUUUGAAGGAGAGAUUCAAGCCAGGGAUAUAGUCAUUGCAGCUUUAAAGUCUGAGAGGCUAAAACAAGUAGUCAAUGUGGGAAGGUACAGACCAGUGGUAUUAUCAGACCCUUAUACAGCUUUACUUAGGGACAGUAUUGCAGAUGGGCCAAAAACUAAAUCACCAGUCAGCGAAAAAGAAAUGGCACAGGCAGCUGAGCAACAAUUACAUGCAUUUGGGCAGCUAAUUUUACAACAACGUUGGGCACAUCAACAUAUGAUGAAUAUACUAAAAGAAGCAGAAAAUAAGCACAAGAAGGUUAUUCAGGAAUUAGAGGAAGAAAAGUGUAAACAUGAACAUGACACAGCUCAAGGCGAUGACAUCACAUAUGGACUGGAGAUGGAACGAACUCGCUUAAAACAAGAAUUAGAAAUGGAAAGAAACACAAGGAAAAAGUUAGAAAAAGAAAUUAAGAGGCAGUUGGAAGUUGCCGACGAUGAAAAAGCUCGUCAAAAGCAAAUAGUUUUAUUGUUAUUAGCAGAAAGAAAAAAAAUCAUUGUAAAAUACAUUGAAGAAAGAAAGAGAAGCGAAGAUCUAGCACAGAUAUUAUCUGAAGAAAAAUCUCGAAUUGAUACUAUGGCAGAGGGUUUGGAAGAAGAGAGCAAAAAGUCUCUUCAAAUGGAAGCAGAGCUCGAAAAACAGCUUUAUGUAUAUGAAAAUGAAAAGAAGUCACUUAGGACUCAACUAUUAGAAAAAGAACAUAGGUGUCACGAAUUAGAAGCAGAGCUACAGAGACUUAAGGCAGAAUUUGAAGUUCUUAAAAGUCGUUCUGUACCAAAUGACAGUAGUGGAGCAAUGAUCAGUAGUGUUGCUAAAGUAGUUCAGCCUACUGCAACAGUGUCAAGUGUACCUGUUUCUGGGCCUACUACUGGAAUUGCACAGUCAGUUUUACCAGGGCAAGCUCUCCGUCAAACAGCAAUAGCUCCAUCUCCUAGUGUACCCAUUAAACCAAGCACCACAUCAGCAUCCCCAACUCCCAUAUCAGUACAGGCGCCUUUGAUGCGAACACCACCCAAAGUAGGUGGCUAUCAUGCACAAUUUCAGACUGCAGGUACAGCUCCUCAAACUCCACCCAAGAAAAACGCAGCAGCUGCUAGAGGCGUUCCUCCUCCUAUACCCCCUAAUAAACCAGUGAUUCCCUCCAAGGCUUCCUCUACAGUGCGAAGGCCUGAUAGUGGAGAAAUUGAAAAAAAGAAACCAAAUGUACCUCUUAAGGAUGGAGAGGCUCUGCGGCAGGGACAAGGAAUAGAGAUGCUCGGCCAAGAGUUAGCUGAUUUUCAACAAAUGUUCGUGACAAUGGCAGCUAGCAAUAAUACUUAAGAACAAUAUAAACAUUUUCUAGACUUAAAGAUAUUGUUGAGAUUGUGAAUGCAGGAAAAUUGUGAUUAGCUGAAAUUUUUAUUUAUUUUAUUUAGAUUAAAAUCUUUAAUUGGAAAA